AUGAUCGUGCGUCUGUUUGAUGAGAAGGAGCAUGCGCAGUCCUACUGGAAGUAUCGGAUCUCCCCAUCGCAGGAGAUCAUCGAUAUGAUCAUAAACUUUCUACAGAAACACAGGAGUUCCCCCCAGGAGUUGGAGCUGGCUGUGGAUGUGGGCUGUGGUUCUGGUCAGGGUACAGUUCUACUGGGUCCACAUUUCACCAAAGUAGUGGGAACUGACGUCAGCCCAGCACAACUGGAGAUGGCCACGCAGCACGCUACAGCACACAACAUCACCUACAGAGAAUGCCCUGCUGAACAGCUCCCCAUGGCAGACGGCUCGGCGGACCUGGUGAUCAGCAUAGCGGCGUUCCACUGGUUUGACCACGCGCGCUUCCUGAAGGAGGCGGAUCGCGUCCUGAAACCUCGCGGAUGCCUCGUGCUGUUGGACUACAGCAUCAUCAUGGAGCUCAGCUACGGAGACUGCUCCCACGCACUCAAUGACAUAUGCAAGGAGCUGUAUGCGGCCCUGCUACUGUAUCGGAACCCUUACCUGGGCGCCAAUUGCCGCGACCGCUACAAGGGAACCUACGACAAACUGGAGUACCCUGACAAGGAAUGGCAUGAGGAGCUCUGGGUGCGUAAGACGGUUCCCCUCUCCCAUUACAUGGGGAUGAUCCAGUCACUAUCCAACUACCAGGCCAUGCAGAAGGACGACCCCGAGAAGGCCAAUCAGCUGUCACAUGACAUCACACACAGGUUGAUGAGGGCCAUGGGAGUGUCAUGUCCAGAGACUGAGCUGCUCCUGUCUGUCAGGUACUCUGGUCUGCUGGCCUGCAAACCUUAAGGCAAUGAUAGCCAGUUUUUCAGCAAUGUUAGCAGGAAACAACAUGACUGACUCUCACUUUUCUGACAAACUGAUUUAUAAAAGUCGUGAUUUAUAAAAGUGUUACAGUGAUCAACAGUCCAAACAACAACUUGCACGGGUGAGGCAUACAUGCAAUUUCUUUGUGUGCAGUGUGCACUUGCUUGCUGUGGACUGCAGCCAGUCGAAGGCUACUGUACUGUAUUGUGUCCACAA